AGAGGCGUCGCAUCCUCUUGGGCCAGCGCUGCGCUGCUAGCGAGCCUAGCGGUGGCCUGACACCCGCAAUCGACCACUGGCACUGUCGUCCAUCGGCACGUAAAUCCGCCGCAUCGCUUUACGCCGCCUGAAGAGGCCACAGCAUUUUUGCGAAGCUCCUCGGUAGGCGCGAGGGCGGCGCGCGGAAGCCAUGGCCUUCCUCAACUCCGUCUUCCAGCGCGCCGACACGUUUAUCCAGCGCAUCGGCGAGGUCGUCGCGCCGGUCGAAGGCCCGGCGCAAGAAUUGCAGAUCGCGAUCCGCAAGCACGACUGGCCGACGACGCAGCGGCUCCUCCAGGAGAAUUUUUUUGGGGGCGACGCGCUGAACCAGCCGCUCGGCAGCGACUGUACACCUUUACAUCUGGCCGCGGAGGCGGACUUCGUGCCCUGCGUCGAGUAUUUGUUGGACGAGGGCGCCGACGUCGACGCGCGGACGCGGUCGACGCACGAGACGCCGCUGCACAAGGCCGGUCGGGCCGGCGCGAUGCAGGCGGCCCAAAUAUUAGUGAACCGCGGCGCGUCGAUCGUCGCCCGCGACAACAUGCGGCGGACGGCCUACGACGUGUCCUCGAACCUGGCCCUGCGCCAGUGGCUGCUGCCGCUGCAGAUGCGCGCCGAGGCCGAGGAGCCUUCUUCACAGGCGGCCGCGGCGCCGCCGCCUCCACAGCUAGGCGCGCCGCCGACGGGGGCCAUGCCGGCGUACGGCGCGCCGCAGAUGAGCGCGGCGAGCGCGAGCGGGAGGUACGUGGACCCGGGCUACUUCGCGGCGCCGCCGACGCCGCCGGCCGCGCGGCCCCCGCCGGUCGCCGCGGCCGCGCCGCACAUGGCUGCUGCGCCGCCUAUGGCCGCCGCGCCGCCGCCACCUCUGGCCUCGCCACCGCCGCCCGUGCCCGCAGCAGCGCCUAUGGUCGCCGCCGCGCCGCCGCCACCGAUGCCCGCCGCGCCGCAGCAACCGCCGUCGCCGCUGAGGCCCGCUUCGGCGCCGCUGCCCCAGUCGUCGCCCAUGCGGCCCGCGGCGACGUCGGCGCAGUCGUCGCCGCUGCGGCCCGCGGGCCAGGCGCCGGCGCAGUUCCAGGCUUUUACGGCGUUCAAGGCCGGCGGGCCCCUCCGGCAGGCGGCCCCGCAGCCGCCGCCGCCGCCGCCGGCCCAGCAGCCGACGGUGUCGCCGCAGUUCGUGCCGCGUGCGGCGGCCCCGCCCGCGCCCGGCCCGCCGCUCCAGAGCGCGCCGCCGCCGCCGCCCCCAGCGCCGACGCCCCAGGCCGAGACGGGCGAGCGCUACGCCUUCUGCAACCGCCGCGUCGCCGCCUGUGUGGAAAUCAAAUUUUACGGCGCGUUCUCGUCGUCCUCCACGCCAUCGACGCGACACCUGCUCGAUGGCGUGCACCGACGCACUGGUUGAUUUCCACACAGGUCGACGCGAUCGGCCGGCGCUACGCGGACGGCUUCCACUCCUCGGCGUCGGACCCCUCGCUCAAGGCCAAGUACGGCAACGCGAAGGCCGACUACAGCCACCUGCCGCCGCCGCCGACCUUCGGCGCGCCGCCGCCGCCGCCGCCACCGGCUUCCUAUUAGCGGCGCGCGCCAAGCGAGGCAUAUGUACAGAGCGAAUGCUGAGGGGGAGUAGAUGAUAAAGCACGUUAAAAGAAGAGAAAUCAGACGCUUAACAGGGGGCUCCGAAGCGGGCUGCGCUCCGUCGGCGCGACGUCGCCGCAGCACGGGUCCGGCCGCUCGGGCACGCCGCCGUCGUCGAACGCGAGGUGGCCCGCGCCCAGACCCACACAGACGGCGAACAAGAACUCGAACUGGUACGUCAUCGCGCAGAGCAUGAGCAGGUAGCCCAGCAGCACGUGCGCC